CUCUAUUACCAAGGCUCACUUGCCAGCCCUACCGUCAGCAUGCCUAACACCAUCAGCAUCACCAUCAAGAACAGGUCUACGGCUAACCAGGCCUUCUUGCUCUUCCAAGCCCUUCCGAAUCCGUCCAAUAUUCCCGCUGACGAAGUCUUUACCAACGUCUACCAGCGAUCCCCGACCCUUGGUGGCAACGCUAGCGACCAGGUCACAUUCCAAAUCACCAACGAGUACUAUGGUAUCUAUGGUACCAACACAGCGAGCGCCGACCAGAAGGUCAAAAUCUCCACUUCAGGCUCUGCCAAGGCUACGCUUCAGUCGACUCCCUCAAGCGGUGCUGUGAACGGUUCCACCUUCCACCUUAGCACUAUAGGCGGAGAUGGCAUAUCCCCAACGUUCAAAGCCACGGAACAGACAACUACUGCUCAAGGAGCCUUCACCAUCCAGUCGGACGGAACCUUCGAUGUUCAGAACAAGGGUAACAUCUAUCUGGGAGUUGGCGCCACAGACCCAAAGACUAAAACGGUGAUUCCAAUCCAAACAUACAAGGCGCAGCCAAACGUCACUACCGUGCUUUAUCCUGUGGUCAAAUACUAUGUCGCCUUUGGUCAUUAUGAGCCAGGUACGGUUGUGAAGAAGACCGAGAUGGGCAAGGUCCUCAUCCUGGACUUCACCGGGAUCUCGCUCAACGACGUAACUUUCACGUUGAACGAUCACAAUGAAUACAUUAUUGACCCUGCCCUAGCGGAAUCCAACUUGGUAUGGAGCACAGAGUCGUUUGCCUAGUUGAGCAAUAGCCCGAGUUGCAGAGCAUAUGGGAGGAGGAUAUUUAUGCCAAUCAUGUUCCCCACUCACGGCAUCCUUGUGAGAGCAGUAUUAGACUACCCAAAGCCCAAGUACCUCCGUCGGUUUCUUCGCAACGCAAUUGUCCUCAGACCACACACCACAAAUACAAACUUCCUUGCCUUGAACGCAGAAAAAUG